AUGAUUAUUAAGAGCCAAGAGUCCUUGGUCGAUCAGAUUGUUUCCAAGUUAGCUGGCUUACAUCAGACAAGUGUGUAUGGGGCAGGUUCAUCGGAAGAGGUAACUAUGCCACCUACCCCGCAAAUGGUUAUUUCACCUGAAAUCUUACCAGGACUUCAAUGGGACUCAUCUGCUACAAAAGUGAAGGCCUCGUCUACUGUAAGGAUACAGACUUCUGUAUAUGAAGUUACUGAUUAUUUGGAUGAGCAUCCAGGAGGUGAUGAUGUAGUGCUUGCUGCAAUAGGGAAGGAUGCAACGGAUGAGUUUGAAGAUGCUGGACACAGCAAAAGUGCAAAGGAGCUCAUGCAGAACUUUUGCAUUGGCGAGCUUGACACGUCUGCCCCAGUCAUCCCAGAACUUGAAAUUUCCUCCAAGAAGGAAACCAAAAAUUACUCUGGUAAUCUCAUGGACUUAACAAAGCAAUAUUGGGCUGUUUCUGUGGCAAUCGUCGGUUUCUCCGUGGUGGUUGGUCUCUUAUUCCUGCGAAGAAAGUAAAUGAAUUUGGUUUUUUCCGUAUUGGCUACUGAAAGGGAAUACUUCCCCAAAUUUUGAAUAAUUAGAUGGAUAAUGAAUUAGAACAUUUAGCCAUUGGUAAUUUUGAAAUCUGAAGGUAGGGUUUCUUCA